CUAUCCAUAAUUAUCUAGGAGAAGGCGAUAUCCUAGAUGCUAUGGGGAAUUUUUCGCACAGAAAGUUUUUUAAUUGGAGAAUUCUUCAUUUUUGUCUUAGAAAUAAGGUCGAUAUUGAGUCCUGGGUCGAUACCAGUACAAAGAGUAACAAAAAUAUUAAGACUGUGGUUAAGAAUUAUCAACUAAUUGAUAAAAUGGACCUUUUUUAUUUCACAAUUUAUCAAGAUCAAGAAAGCAACCCAUCCAAUAAAAAAGGAAGCCAUUUUGAUUGGAUGGGACUGAAUGAAGAAAUACUAAGUCAUCCUAUACCGAAUCUAGAACUUUGGUUCUUCCCAGAAUUUGUGCUGCUAUAUAAUGCAUAUAAGGUUAAACCAUGGAUCAUACCAAUAAAAUUACUUCUUUUCAAUUUUAAUGGAAAUAGGAACAUUAAUAAAAAUAUUAUUGAAAAUAAAAAAAGGGACUCCCUUAUAGCACCAAACGAAAAACAAAUUAUUGGAUUAGAGAAUCGAAAUCAAGAAGAAAAAGAACCCAUAGGUGAAGGGGAUCUUGUAUCAGAUGCACAAAAACAAGGAAAUUUUAAAUCCGUUCUCUCAAACCAAGAAAAAGAUGUUGAAGAAGAUUAUGAUAAAUCAGACAAAAAAAAACGUAGAAAGAAAAAGCAAUACAAGAGCAACACGGAAGCAGAGCUUGAUUUCUUCCUAAAAAGGUAUUUGCGUUUUCAAUUGAGAUGGGAUGAUUCUUUAAAUCAAAGAAUAAUCAAUAAUAUCAAAGUAUAUUGCCUCCUGCUUAGACUGAUAAAUCCAAACGAAAUUGUUAUAUCCUCUAUUCAACGGGGAGAAAUGAAUCUGGAUAUUUUGAUGAUUCAGAAGGAUUUAACUCUUAGAGAACUAAUGAAAAAAGGAAUAUUGAUUAUCGAUCCAGUUCGUCUGUCGGUAAAAAAUGAUGGACAAUUUAUUCUAUAUCAAACUAUAAGUAUUUUGUUGGUUCAUAAAAUAAACACCAAAUUAAUCAAAGAUACCAAGAAAAAACUAUAUUGA